GGUAGAUCGACCAGGAUACACACUAGAGGGUCUUGGACCUGUUACACUGCACACGACUUCCACUAGCAUACAAUAGUUCCCGUUACACUGCAUACUUCCACUAGCGUACAAAAGUUCCCGUUAUAUUGCGAUGAUCUGGUUCACGAUUUCGAGGCGCCGAACUGUAAUUCUAUUAGUACCUAUACACCCUAUUUACCCUUCUUGGCGAACAUCAUGCCAGAAAAGCGCUCUUGCUUAGUCACAUCCCAAGACUGGGAGCGACACCGGACACGCAUCACAAGUCUUUACGCUCUGCAUACGCUACCAGAGCUAAUGCAGAUUAUGCGCGAUGAACACCAGUUUGUGGCUAGUCUGAUGAUGUAUAAGAAACAUCUUCGCAAAUGGGGCGUCCAAAAGAACCUACGGUCUGAUCAAGUCAUUGAAGCUCUUCGCAAGCCUCACAAACACCAACUCAGUGGCCUUUCGAGUCUUCACACUGGAUUGGUCGAUCAAGGAAGGAUCCGAGUCUAUCUCAGUCGUGUUUCUGAGUCGAGGCGCCACCAGAUUAUCAUGGCCAUUUAUGAUGGCUCCUUGAGGGAGCACUCUACGCCAUCACCCAACUUGGUGAUGAUCAAACCCACAGCCACCGAACGAUACUUCUACCAUAUACAGGACUAUGUCACGGGAACAUUCGGCUCUGGGGCGUGGUCGAAAAUCUGGACUUCCGAGCCUAGCUUAUACGGGAAAAACUUUGAGUCAAUUGAUCUAGCAUUAACGGCGAAGAAUGCCUUCGUCCAGGGUCACAUGCGGGAAGCCUUCCGGAUCAUCGAUUUCUCCUUCGAGCGGCUGAAGUACUGCAUGGAACUGCAAACAGCGGACAUUUUGACAGACUUCCACUGCUCGGCAUUGAUUUCUUACAGCUUCUGUCCAGAGCUUGCCCAUAAAUGGGCGAUUUAUAUCGGAGACUUGUCCCGAAUGAUUUACGACUCGGAUAGCCGCCCGCGGUAUAUAACGACUUGGAUCGAGCAAAUACGCAGAUUGAGCCUGGAAGACUGGAUCCACUUAUCUCUCCGAGUCAUCAAUCUCUAUAUCAAGACUUUAUCCGAUCACAUGGACACUGGCAGCACACUAAAUUCGAAUAUUGUUCGGGCCGGAGCAAUGCUAUUGUCCCGAUUCCGCGGUACGAAAGUCGCGGUUAUCUCCCAAAAUGAGCUUGCCAGCAUGGGACGCUUGACGUUCGACGGUUUUGGUCGCACAAACCUGGCGGACCCCUUCGCAAAGUUCACGUUCGCCAGUGUCCUGUUCGACGAGAGAAAAUACAACGAAGCACAACAGCUAGCUAUGGAGAUCUUGCAAUCAAAUCAAAUCGAAAAGUACCGUGAAGUAACCGGAUUUUGUUACAGGUUAUUGUUUCUCAUUGCGAAAAAAACCGGAAAACCGGAAGACGCAAUGCUCGCGGCUCAGCAGUCCACCUCAUUUUGCAGAGCUCAUCUUGGUUUUGACAAUGAGUUGACGACCGAUGCUUUCAAUGAUAUGCAAGAGGAGUUGUGCAGUAGAGGCGAGGCGAUAGAAGCAGAAGACUGUCGACAGCUUGCCAGUGGCAUAUUGAAUAGGAUGUGCGACCGCCUAGACCGGCUAGCCCUUGCGAUGAAUCGCACCUCGGAUACCAAUGACGCACAUGACACCUUGGGGCGCUCCUCUCAGAUACUGGCCAGCAACAUUCUAGAGACUUGGAGGCAGGGCAUUAAAUCUCUCUCCGUGAAUCACGAUUGAUCCACUAGAUGGAUCCAUCCUCCAUUACACCAAUUACAUCGGUCCUCAUAUUUUGAUCCACCAAUCCAUAUGUAUCCUUGGUGGAUUCGCAGGUAGGGGUUGGCCCGAUUAGGAAAAGGUGAGGCUGGAGUAGGAUUUACUUUUGGUGUUUUAGAUGAGGGGGACUCUUGGUGAUCGACGGAUACCAGGUACUUGGUAAUAUAUAGGAUUCCUUACCUGUAAUUGGGACCUGGUAUCUAGAUAUGACGGCCGGUGUCACCAUGUCACGAAACCCACUGUAGACCCUUUGGAGCACUAGCUAUCUGAUGGCGGGAGUGAAGAACCUCAGAUACGAGCUAGCCUAUUUUAGUUUCUCUUUCCUUCCUUGUCG